AGUCUGAGCCCUCUGCUUUCCCCCAAGUGCUGGCAUCAAUUGUUGACAUAUAUUCAACAAAAGAGUGUAUAUAUUGUGCAAUGUCACCUCUAGUUACAAGGAUAAAUGUUAGCCAAGCCGAGGGAUAUUGUAUAAAUAAGAUCUGAGCAUCGAUGAGAUAGAGUAUUAUCAUCGUCGAUGGUUUAAGUGAGUCCUCUAGAUAUCACUCUUCGAGAAAUUAACCUCACAGAAUCGAGAAGUCGUAAAGAUGCGGGCAUUUGUUAUCGUGGUUUUAUGUCUGGCGGCUUUAGCUGCUCAUACCCGAGGGCAGGUUCCACCAUGGCAACCGGGAGGGCAGCAGGGAGGACAACCCGGCGGACCACCAGGGGGACAACCCGGCACACAACCAGGGGGACAACCCGGUGUGCAACCAGGGGGACAACCAGGGGGACAACCCGGCGUGCCACCCGGUGGGCAACCCGGCGGUCAACCCGGGGGACAACCCGGGGGACAACCUGGCGGACAACCUGGCGGACAACCCGGGGGACAACCCGGGGGACAACCAGGGGGACAACCUGGCGGACAACCCGGUGGGCCACCCGGCGGACAACCAGGCGGGCCACCCGGUGGGCCACCCGGCGGGCAACCUGGAUGGCAGCCACAACAACCUGCAGGUGGACAGCCAGAGCUACCUCCGAAUAAUUAUUCAUGCCCACCGAUGUGGAUGAAAAGCGAUGUGUCAAUCGGUGGAAGCUGUUAUCGUUUUUCAAGCGGACCCAUACGUUCCCGCCAAAGUAGGCCGUGGGCCGCUCCCGGGUUUUUUGAAGGACUCAUGCAGCCAGAUGCCCAGCGGGCGUGUGAAAAUAUGAUGCCUGGUGCCCACCUUGCAACAAUCAACUCCGUAGCAGAGAACGAAUACAUUUUUAAGUGGGUGGUAGAUAUGAUGGGCACCCAGGCUCCCCCGACCUGGAUCGGUGCUUACACCGACCUCAUGGGCCGGCAACAGUGGCACGGCGGGCAACAGGGCCUGAACCCAGGAUUGUGGGAAGAACCACCACAGGCCAAUGAAGGUGCAGUUAUGUUCGACGUUCAAUCAAGAGCCCAAUGGAAUACCCCGCUUGACCUCGAGCCAGUUUGGAAACGAGAGGAUGUUGAAAACUUCCGACACUUCAUCUGUGAGUUCACCCCAACAGCGCCAUCCGCGCCCCAGGAACCUCCUGCUCAAAGGCCACUCCUGCUCAACAGCCGCAACAAUCCUGUAGGCAUUCGCAGACAAGACGCCUUCGGAGGAUCCCGCCUUCAUGAGAUUCUUCGUAGACCUUCCAACUUAAGAAUGAGCCCGUAUCUAGCAGUACGGCCUUGAGGCUUUACAGCAACCCCUUGAACUUCUUUGUGAUAAGAAUGCUACACUCACACCGACAAAACCGACUCCAACUCGACCGAUUACAUACCGUUCGAAGCAAUCUAAUAGCUUUGAUCGUUCUGGAGUAGAACCCGUUGGCGUGAUCUUACCAUAAACUAUUACUUACAUUCAUUCAGGCAUAUUGAAACACAUCAUCCACUGCUAGUCGAAUCUGAAUCGGGCUCUCUGGUCCCGCUGAUGGUCUUGUGCAACAACGAAGACUUGUUCUACACCGCGGGUUUUAACGCAGCAACAGCAACACGCAUAUCAAGGACGAUUAUAGUGAAAUGUGACACCAUUCCAGAAAAAAAUACUAAAAUUAAUUUGACCAAUUUUUGCUUUUAAUCAGGUUGUUAUCCAUACACUUAUGAAUCUUUCUGCUAUGUCCUCCGUUUAACAAGUGUCUGACUAAAUUCGUUCGAUCCCUUCCUUGUCUACGGACAAGAAAAGGGACCAUACUUCAUGCCUUCAGAGAACUGUUAUCUAGAGAAAUUAGUAUGCAAUCGUAUGGCAAUAGAAGAAGGAAACAAAUAUGCUUGCAAACAAAGGAGCUUUUUGUGUGUUAUGUAUCGAACUUGACUGUGAUGGACGGAAAAAGAAAAUUGCUUAUAAUAAUCCCAAAUGAAUUAAAGCAAGUUAUACGAGAUUGGAUAUUUUACGUGUGACAUCUUUUACCACCAUAUUUGCAUAUACUUGAAAAGGCAGGGGUGUUCGACUGAUGAUUGUAAUGUUCGAUACCUAUCGGCCCAAUGUGCCUUGCCAUUUUGCGGCACAAAAUCCCCCUCUCGUUCGGCCCUCUACUGAUGUCCUAGAUAAUCUGUGAUGUUUGAAAACUUAUUCCAUAUUUUUUUUUAUUUAUUCAAACAUUAAACGCAUUGUGUAUAUAAUAAAUAUAAGAAAUGAUUCGUAUAUCAUUAAAUGACGUUGAAUAUGA